AUGAAUAAUAACAACCGUCAGGAUUCUACUGAAGAUUUAACCAAUGCCAUCACUGAUGAUGAUACUCAAGAAUACAUUGUUGAGGAACAUGAACCUGAAACAGGUACAUUUCGUAUGCCUCCUUUGCGAAUGCCUACAACUGAAAUAAGCGUAACACAAACCUUCCUUGAUCCAAAUGUACCUGCUGAAGAAACUGAAACUGAAACUGAAACUGAAGCUGAAAGAAGAAACAGGCGAAUUUGGGAAGAGCAUUAUGCAGAGUUGCGUGAAGGAAUGUCAGAGAGACUCGAGAGAGAAAGACGUCUUCAAGAACGCAGACAAUUUCUUAGAAGAAUCAGAGGACAAACAUUGAACCAAAGAAUAAGAAGAAGUAGAAGAAGGCCUCGUCCUUCGGUACCCAAUCAACCAUUCAGUUCACAUCAGGAGCAAGAAUUGCAAGAGUUAAUAGAACGUCUGAUCAUAACUAAUCCAAGAAUAAGGGUGAGAACUGAUCAUACAUCAAGAGGUAGAGCUGAGAGUUUAAUAUCUACAUGGCCUUCAGCGGAAGAAUUGCCACAAGAACAGCCUGAAGAACAAACAAGCAGGAGAAGACGUUUAGUAGCAUCACCUUCACCACCUGCCCAAGAGCCAGUAGUAGCUCCUCCUCAAGAAACAGGCAGGAGAAGACGAUUAGUGCUGUCACCCUCACCUCCAGGUGAAGCUUCGGAAACUGCCCCACCUAGGCGAAGACGACGAAUGCUUGUCGCAACUUCCUCAUCAUCUGAAGAAGACGAAGAAAUGACCGAAAGAUCGCCAUCGCCUGAAGAGGUUGAUCAGCCUCCUACUCUCAACAUGCAAGGGUACAAUGAGAUCUUUCAAAAUCUCGAAACUGAUGAAGAGCGUAUAAACUUCAUAUUCAAAGGUCAGUAUCGCGAUCGUAGAUACGGCCUUCAUCAAGAACCAACAACACCGUUGCAAGGCCUUUUUUAUGCUGUAGACAUUGAUGCUGUGUCUAUCCUUUGCCAUGAAAUCCCUAUUGCUGAAGGAACUCCACUCUCCUUGUAUAUCUUACCAGAUUUCAGGCUUGUGGUUAAGCAAAACAAAGGAAUAUACUAUGAAGGAAGACCUCUGAACAAGAUUCCUAAUAUGUAUAUGGCCAGCUUUGGCCAUACAAAUCGAUUUAAAGUUAAUAUCUUUUUUCCAAACAUUGGCAUUGAUACCUGUGAUGUUCAAAACGAGGCUGUUGACUUCUUUGUGGAUCGCAUCUUGCUGCCAGCCCUACGUGAAGUUUCUAUGCCACAGUCAUUGCAUCGAAUCCCAUCUAGUGCGCAAGCUGAAAGAAGCAGAGCAUCAAGACGAAGAGGUAUUUACUCAUUUGAUCCCAUCUACUACUAUGAGAAUGAAAACAUGGACACACUUGCUGCUUGUAUGCGUCGUCAAAUACAAAAUGUAAACGCGACGGACAACAGAUAUGAGUCAUAUCAUGCGUUUGAUAACUUCUUCUUUUUGUUUAUACUUACGGUAACAAGAGCGAAAUUGAAGUACAUCAAGAAGCUGAUAGAGCCUUUUAUCAACAGCAAUUUACCAACGCUUUCAGUGACUUGA